AAGUAAUUUCACWUUGAAUUCAGUCGAGUAAUUUUUCGUACUGCUGACAACCAUGAAGCUCUCGUUGACUCUUCUCGUGAUCUUUGGUCUCGUUGCCUUCAUUGGAGCUGCCCCAGCUGAAGAAGACUCCGAAAUUCCAGAAGAACCAAAAACUGAAGAUGCCCCAGAACAAGAGGAAGAAACCCCAGAACAAGCUGAUGAAAACGUUGAGGACGAAAUGGAAGAAGACGAAGAUCUAGGUUCACCCCUGGCGAAUUUAGAAGUUGAUGAUGACGAUGAUGAUCUUGAAGGUAACUACACUAUAAUAUUACAUAAAGUGUUUGUACUUCGGUAUUGGUCAUUCUGACUACACAUAGAUAUU